AUGGAGUUCGAUCGCGUUCGUCGCAUCGUAGGGUUCCGGUUCCUCCCCACCGACGAGGAACUCGUCGUCGAUUACCUGCUGAGUAAGUUGAUCGGGUUCCCGCUCCCCUCCGACGACUACGUCAAGGACUGCAACCUUUACGGCGAUCUGGAGCCCUGGGACAUCUGGAAGCAGUACUUUCGAGGCGGCGCCCACGAAGAAGAAGAAGAAGAAGAAGAAGAAGACGAGAAGAAGAACGACCUCUACUUCUUCACCCCGCUCAAGAAGCGAACCGCAACCGGGCAAAGAAUCGACCGUAGCGUCGGGUCCAACGGCGGGGCUUGGCACGGGGAGGACACCGGCAAGGAGUCGCAGACCCUCGACGGCGCCGUUUCAUGGACUCAAAAGCGGUUUACCUACCGUGCCAAGAAGAGCAAAGGAGGGCAGACUAGUUCUUGUUGUUGUUCGUGGAUCAUGCACGAGUACUGCCUUCUGCCCAUCCCCGCGCUAGGGCUUGACUCUGCCGCUGCGUCCAAGCUCGCACUCUGCCGAAUCAGAAAGAAGGAAAACUCCAAGAAGAGGAAGAACAACAACAACAACAACAAGUCUGCCCCCAGAGUCAUUCUCAUCCACGACGCAGCUUACACCGCCGACAACGUGGCUCCAGCUGCGAGUGAUCAAGGAUCCACCACCACUUACAAGCGGCGGAAGCUCCACGGUGGCGACCAACAAGUAGUAGCAUCUUCCUCCGUGGAUGUUGAGAUGGAACGUCCAUGCUUGUCGUCGGAAGUAGUAGUACAAGGCUCGGCCAGCGGCGGUGGCCACGAAGAAGAACUAGUAUCGCCGCCGUUCCAAGCGGUGACGGAAGGAUGCUCGUCGGCAGUACUAAAAGAAGGGUGGGGCAGCGGCGGCGGCCACGUGGAAGGAGCAGAACUAGAAUCGUGGUUCCAAAAGGUGGUUGACCAAUGCUCGUCGGGAGUAAAACAAGACCACGGGGUUGACGGCAAGGGCAACGAGGAAGAGGAAGAAGAGGACUCGUUGUUUGAUAAGGAGAUUGAAGAAAGCUUGGCACAAGUCAAAGAGGACAACGGGAUUGACGGCAACGGAAACCAAGGAGUAGUAUCACCCUCGUUCCAAGCGGGGAGUAAUGAAGGAGAAGGAGCAAUGACGCAGCUGCAGCAGUCGAUGGAGAUGGAGUCAGUAACGGCAGAGGAGGCAGCUUGGUGGUCGGCCGUCUCAGCCUCAGCCUCAGGGGAGGGAACAUGCAACGUCAACGACGCCUUUGGUUUCAACGUCGUCGACUGUGGUUACACUGUUGAAGGUCUAUUGGCGGAAUGUUGCUGCUGA